UUUAUUCUAUAGAAGAAUAUCAACUAUGGAUUUAUCUGCUCAAGAGGUUAUUGACGGGAUCCUCUCCAAGGAGGCCGCCGAGACUCCAUCCGACUCGGUCAAACUAGAGGAGCUAGACAUCGAGCUGCCAAAAUGGUUCGACGAGAAGAAAUACAACCAAGGCCGCCGCUUCUACUGGGACAACUCCUUCUCGCUGGCGGCCUCGAUGGUGUUGGGGCUGCUUGCCGUGCUGGCGGUGCCCUCCAUCCUCAAGAUACUCAUCAGCUCGCGCCGCUCCUCCUCGCAGUACACCAGCUACAAGCGAUACCUCUCCACUCUUCUACACACCAGCUCCUGGUUUGAUUGUGAACUCAAACCGGGUACGACGGCUUGGAAGUCGCUGUACACGGUCCGCAGCCGCCACCUGAAGGCCGGGCUCGCCGCCAAGCUGCAGGGUCUGGGCGUUGUCUCACAGCGCGACAUCGCGCUCACCCAGUUCGGCUUCAUUGGAUUCUCCAUUCUCAAGCCGGACAAGUUCGGAGUGCGGCAGACUCGGGAGUUCGACUGGGACGCCUAUUGUCACACGUGGGCUGUCAUUGGACAUAUGAUCGGGCUGCAGGAUAGAUACAACCUCUGCCGCAGAAACGUAGAAGAGACCCGGCAAGUCUGUCAGGCGAUCCUCGACAGGGUUUACACUCCUUGCCUGGAGAACGUGCCCGAGUACUUCGAGCACAUGGCUCGAGUGAUGCUCGAGGCCAUGUUGUGCAUCAACCCUACUAUCAACGUCGAGUCGGCUUUAUACACAGUGAGGCAACUGGCGGACGUGCCGGGGUACAUCUAUACUGAGGCCGACAGAAUAGAGCUUCAGAGGAGAAUUAGAGAGAAACUCAAGGGAAAACCGAUAGAUUCAGGUGUGGACUCUUGUGAGCUGAUCUCGGCGCCGGCCGUGGAGGGUCUGCCGGCGCGCGCGCCGCGCCUGCUGCGCCUGCGCGACUACGAGACCAUCGACCAGGCUCCCGAAUACAGCUCCCUCCCUUUCUGGUCCAAAUACAAUUUGAACUUCGCCUCUCUCAUCAUAUUCUUCCACACCACUUAUUUGGGCCGCAUCUACUUCAAACUAAACUAUCUAUAUAGCCUCUGGCUGUUGAAGUACUGCCCGUAUCUGGCGUUCUUCAAGUUCGGAAUAAGGAAUUCUUUCGUUAACAUGUUUAAGGAGGAUCCUAUGGAUGAUACGAAGCCGAAGCCUAAUUCGGAGUACAACAAACCGAAACCUCCGGAAACGUGGUGUAGAAUCAUUUUAGGCGCGUUUUGGUGAACGUGGUUUUUAAAGUCGAUGAUAAUACCAUAAAUUAGUGAGUCUUGGCUUACGCUUGAACAAUCUUUACCUCAAUUCUAGUUUAAGUGGUGCAGGGUGACUCUACGAAGCAUGUUAUUGCCAAUAUAAAAUAAUUAAAUAGUAUUUUGACUGUUGUAACAUAUAAGAGCAAUUUAUAAUGACAUUUAUUUUACUUUAACCGACUUAAAAAUAAUAAUUUAUUUUGUUUAUAUUUGUUUUAAAAUGAAACUUAAUGGUUGACAGAUUUUAAUGUUUACAUGUAUCAUGUAUAAUAAUUAAUCUUAGAACCCCGAAUGAUGGACUAAAGUCGGUUAUUGAAAUUUAUCAUUUGUAUUUAUUUUGUAAUUACUAAUUAGGAAUAACCAUUAUCAGUAUGAUGAUGGGUUGACAAUGUUAUAAUAUUGAAUAGAAAUAUUAGCAAUUUAUUUUAUUAUAAGCACAAUAUCAAGUAACUUUAGAUUUUAUCGAAGUUGUAUUAAAAUGUUGGGACCAUCAA